GUUCUGGUGCUUGAUAAAACAAUGCUAAAGUUUUUGGUAACAUUCCUGGGAGUAUUUAUCGUGCUUUCAAUAAGUUGGUCAGUGCAGUGUUCCAAUUCUGACGAUGUGUUGCAGGAUUACGGGAGUUUUAAUGUGGAGGUAAUGGAGGGAAAAAGGUUGAAACUCGUGUUUGACUGUGAUCACCGCCACCUACGUAAUUUGAAAUGGUAUUUCAAUGGACGUUCUAUUUCCAAAACACGUUGCACUUCCAAUUACGGAGAACUUGUAUGUCCUGCUGUACAGCGUAACGAUUCCGGGCGGUAUGAUCUAUGGGCGGUAAAUGGGGCAGAGUAUAGUCAAGCACGUCUAAUGUUCUCAGCGAAUGUCCAAGUAAUUAAGAGUGCUGAGCAUAAUUUAGACGAAUUGAUUAUUCAAAAUGACCAAAUGGACGAAGUUGAAACGUUUCGACAACAGUUUGAAAAUGGAAACGAUUGUUUCUGUUCUGGAGUGACGAGCCGAUGUAGAAUGGCUUCUGAUCUGUAUCGCACAAGGAACGAUUUCAACCUCGCAAGUGCAAUUCCUAAAACGAUAAUGGUGUUAGAAAGUGAUACCGAGGCGGAGGACUAUCUCAAAAUUCCCUCAUUUGCUUGGAUUGAGAACCUGAUCACGGCCUAUGGAGGAUAUUUGCGUUUUCCAGUUACAGAUCAAUGUUACAUGAAUCGCAGCAAACCCUGCAUACUACUGCUCGACAAACGGAACAGACACCGAGCAAUUGGCUACUAUUUGUCUCCGUCGCACGAUCAGAGAGAGGUGCAGGUUCUCAUGAAGGAAUCGAACUGGCGACUGGUAUCUACAAGAUAUGAACGUGGUGAUCAGAUGCAAGAAGAUAAGAUCAACAAAUUUAUCUUCAUGAGUACUCUUAGCAACAUUAAGAGCAUUUAUAUACGUGGAAGGUAUAGGUCCCUCGAAAAUAGAAUAAUAUCCAUCGACAUUGCAACUUUGUACGACCAUGGCUUGGGGAAGGUGGCUACGGUCGAGGAUUGUGCCUGUCAUCCAGGCUAUGGUGGAUUGUCGUGUGAGAUUUGCAAUAAGGGAUAUGUAAGGAUGUAUGAAUCGGUCAAUCCAAAUGGCAUUUGUGUAAGCAUGCCGGAGCUUUGGAAGUUAUACAAUGAAUCACCCUAGUUGAUAUGUUUGUAAUCUUCGGAGCAUUUCAUAUAAACUAUCAUGCAUACAAUGUAAAGGAAUAUCAGAUGUCGAGCAAAAUUACAGAUAAUACGUAUUUGCUAUAAUAAAUUGAGUCGCUUUACAUAGAGAGCGACG